ACUUAACGUAUACAUGAAAAAUUAAUAUUUAAAAAAUAGGACAUUGUAUGUGACGUUUUCUUAUAUUAUUAUUUAUUACAUGUUAAAUCAUGUCGACAUUUACUUUUGGGACACCUGUAACCUCAAGUAAUACAAGUUUUGGAUUUGGGCAAAAACCUGCAACAGGUUUUAACUUAACUAGUGCACCUUUUGGUUCAAGUAAUCCAGCAUCAACAUUAGCUUUUGGAACUUCUUCAAUACCUGCAACAACUACUGGACUUAGUUUUGGAUUCAAUACUACACCUGCAACUUCUGCACAAACACAAUCAAGCGGUUUACUUUUAGGAUCAAAUACAACUAGUACAACAACUGCAAGCAGUUUAUUUCCAGCCCCAACUACUUCUGCACCAUUAUUUGGUGGUCUUACUUUUGGUACACCAGUCUCAAGUACUGCAUUAACAUUUGGCACUCCAGCUGCUACAGCUACAACUGGAAAUAUUACUUUUGGUACACCUACUACUACAACAACAUCGCUUUUUGGUAGUAGUAAUUUAUUAGGAUCAAAAUUAGUUACUGGUACUACUACAACUACUACAAGUACAACAAAUAAAGGACUAGGAGGACUAGAUGUGUAUUCAAGCAAUAAAGGACUUUCACAGGGAAAUAUUAAUCCUGCAGCUGUUAAAGAAAAUAUUUGGCCACCGGAAUUAUUACAGACAGUAGAGAAAUUCAAAGAGUUUGUAAAAGAGCAAAAAGUAUUGUCUUCAGACAUAGCAAGAGGGUCUGCAAGACCAUUGAAUCGAUGUGCCGAAGAUACAGCAUCAUUGAUGGAACUUCUAACAACAUUAGCUGGGUCUGUUCAACGAGAUCGUUCAGCUGCUGAUAAAUUAAAACAAGAUACAGCAAAAGCAUUACAGAAUGCUGAAAUAGCUCAAAGAACACACGAUACUCCAGCAGGAUUACAAUAUGAAAAUAAUGCACCAUUAUUAUUUUUUAUGGAAUUGGCUGAUAACUUUGAACAUGAUUUAAUGUUAUUUAGAUCUCAAAUUGAAACAACAGAAAAACAUAUACAAACAAUGAUGACUCCAAAAACAUUAACACCUCAAGAAUUGUCAAUGGCUAUGAGUAAACUUCAUGAAUCUCUCGUAGCUGUUGCUGGUAAAUUACAAGGUGUACAUUCAAAAGUACAACAACAAAAGGAACAGUACUUAAACUUCAGAAAAUAUGUUUUAAAAGAUAAUACAAAUGUUUUUGAAGAUAUUAAAGUAGAUGGAAAAACAUCUCGAAAUAGUAUUGGAAAAAUUACGAGUGGCCCUACUCCAUUUAGUCCAGGAAAUAAAAGUUUUCUUUCAACAGCAUUAAGUUCUAAUAGACCAGGAAAUUAUGAAACACGAAAUUCAUUAGUUUGGGGAAAUACAAUACCAAUUCCAUCUGCUACUAACAUUACUCUAAGUUCGUCAUUGAAACCACCAACUGCAAGUUUGACCUUUAAUACUGCAUCAAAUCUUACUGCACCUUUACCAACGAGUGAAUCGAAUUCAAGUUUCCAACUUCAAAAACCUCCUAUUGGUAAUAAAAGAGGAAAAUAUUAAAUCGUGUUUAUAUUUAUUUUUGCAUUGUUGAAUAUGCUUAAC